UAUGUUAAUUAAUGUCAAGACGAUUUCGCAAAUAGUCAUUGGUUAUUGCGCGCAGAUUUAUGAAUUGUGUAUGAUUAAUUGUUCUUUCCUUUAGCUGUUACUCGCGUUUCGUACGCGCACACUUUACCUUUAUCGACGAUGCGAUUCCUCUGAUUUAUGAGGAGAAAUUUCAAAUAAUAGGUUCUUCGUAUUGACCGAACGCACGGGGAAAAGUUAUUCAUUCGAUGUACGCAUACAUUAAUAUGAAUUAAUGCCUCUCUUUCGCGUAAUUCCUUUUUUCCAUUUUAAACAUUGAAAAAUGGCUGAUGAUGAAGAGGAGAAGGAAUAUCGGUGGGAGACUGGUUAUGAAAAAACAUGGGAAGCAAUUAAAGAAGAUGAUCAUGGACUUUUGGAAGCCUCGGUUGCAGAUAUUAUUCAUAAUGCUAAAAGGAAGCGUCAGUUGGACAGGAAGGUUGGUGCCAGAUUAGGUAUGAUGAGGCAUCUUUAUAUAAUUCUUGAUGCUUCUGAAUCAAUGUCUAAUCAAGAUCUGAAGCCAACUCGUUUCUUAUGUUGCUUAAAGCUCCUAGAACAUUUUAUCGAUGAAUUCUUUUAUCAAAAUCCUAUAAGUCAGUUAGGAGUAAUUCUUACAAGAAAUAAAAGAGCAGAGAAAAUUAGUGAUUUAGCUGGGAACUCUAAAAAGCAUAUUAAGGAAUUAAAAGCUCUGCAACAAAUUCAACCAGCAGGUGAACCAUCGUUACAGAAUUCCUUAGAAUUAGCUUUAAAAUCUUUACGGCUUCUACCAUCGCAUGCUAGUAAAGAAGUAUUAGUAAUUAUAGGAGCUCUUACAACAUGUGACCCAGGAGAUAUAAAUGAAACGAUACAAAACAUGAAAACAGAUUGUAUAAGAUGUAGCGUAAUAGGAUUAGCUGCUGAAUUAUAUAUUUGCAAAAGAAUGGCUACGGCAACUGGUGGAGAACAUGGUGUUGCAUUAGACGAUAAACACUUUAAAGAGCAGUUGAACAUGCAUAUAGAUCCACCACCAGCUGCAACCAGAUUGGAUGCUGCUCUUGUUAAAAUGGGUUUUCCUCAUCACGCUUUACAGUCUUCUGCAACUGAUACAUCCAUGGCAGUAUGCAUGUGUCAUGCAGUAAGCGCAGAUGAAACUGUAAAACUUACGAGUACAGGAUAUCUGUGUCCACAGUGCCUUAGUAAACAUUGUGAACUUCCUGUAGAAUGUAGAGCCUGUGGACUCACUUUAGUGUCUGCUCCACAUUUAGCUCGAUCUUACCAUUAUUUAUUCCCUGUUGAGCCAUUUAAAGAAGUAGGAUACGAAGGAACUCCUUCGAUUUGUUAUGGUUGCCAAAAAACUUUAUCCCAAAAAGAUAAAAAGAUAUACAUUUGCGGCAAAUGUACCCAAACAUUUUGUAUAGACUGUGAGAUAUUUAUUCACGAAUCUUUACACACGUGUCCAGGCUGUGCAACAAAUCCAGAAACAUAUCAAAGAUCCACGGAAAGAACUUAAUGUACUGAAUGUAUGUAAAGUGAUAUUAUUAAUUUUAGUUAGUUUAUACUAAAUAUUUUAAUAGCUAAAACUACAAUCUAGGACCAGUUCUAUGCAUACAAAUUUCUUAGAACUGAUCCACGAUACAAGUGUACGAAGAUCUCCUCUUAUCGAAGAGGAAUAAAUAACUGAAAAGACGAAUAAGUUA